GUCGGGCGGAAGAAGCGCGGGGGCCGGGCCCACGUGGUGGGGCUGCGGGACCAGGACAGUCGCCGCAGCUGUCGCCGCUGUCCUCCGUCGUCUACCCAGGGCUGUCUCGAGCUGAGCCCCCUACCGGGCCUGGGUCCCGAGGUGAGUCCCUACCCUCGGUGAGCUCUCUACCUGGAGCCAGGUCCCGAGAUAACUUGUAGCAAUGGCUGCUGUUUAUUCUGGCAUUUCCCUUAAGCUUAAAAGCAAGACAACUUCCUGGGAAGAUAAACUAAAACUAGCUCACUUUGCUUGGAUUUCUCAUCAGUGCUUUCUUCCAAAUAAAGAACAAGUAUUACUUGAUUGGGCAAGACAAUCAUUGGUUGCAUUUUAUAAGAAGAAACUUGAACUGAAGGAAGAUAUUGUUGAAAGGCUUUGGAUCUAUAUAGAUAACAUUUUACAUAGCAGAAAAUUGCAGAAUCUCCUCAAGAAUGGAAAGACCAUUAAUCUUCAGAUUUCCCUAGUCAAGAUCAUAAAUGAGAGAAUAGCUGAGUUCUCUCUUUCGGGAUCCCAAAGAAACAUCUGUGCUGUCCUUCGAUGCUGCCAGGGCAUCCUGUCAACACCUGCCCUUGCUGUCAUCUACACGGCCAAACAGGAGCUGAUGGUGGCCUUACUGAGCCAUCUUUGCUGGUUGGCCUGCAGGCAACCAGAAGGAGCCGUGGUAGCCCAGUUGUUUGAGGUCAUUCACCUGGCCCUGGGCCAUUACCUUUUGAUCCAGCAGCAGCAGGUCAACCCAAGACGUGCCUUUGGGGAUGUGACUGCUCACCUGCUCCAGCCAGGCCUGGUCCUGAGGCACUUACUCUCCGGGGGCACAUGGUCACAGGCUGGUCAGGGCCAGCUGAGGCAGGUGCUGAGCCGGGACAUCAGGAGUCAGAUUGAGGCCAUGCUCCGAGGAGGAGUUUUUCAGCCUGAGCUGCUGUCAUCCUAUAAGGAGGAGCUCUUGGACCAGCAGCAAGGGGAUACGAAGACAGGAGCCAUGAAGAACCUUUUGGCUCCCAUGGACACUGUGCUUACCAGGCUGGUCGAUGCUGGCUACUGUGCAGCAUCCCUUCAUACCUCUGUUGUGGCCAACUCAGUGGCCUUGUUGUAUAAGCUCUUUCUAGAUUCUUACUUCAAGGAGGGAAACCAGCUUCUCUGCUUCCAGGUUCUCCCCAAGUUGUUUGGCUGCUUGAAGAUUUCACACCUGCAGGAGGAGCAGAGAAAAUCCCUGUCCACAUCAGAUUGGACCACAGAACUUUUGGUUGUGGAACAGCUACUAAACUCAGUGGCCAACAACAAUAUCUACAACAUCGCUGCUGACAGGAUUCGGCACGAAGAGGUUCAGUUCCACUUUUACCGCCGUGUGGCUGAGCUGCUGAUAAACCAUGCACAAGCACCCAUACCGGCCUGGUUCCGCUGCCUGAAGACUUUGAUGUCACUGAAUCAUUUGAUUUUGGAGCCAGACCUGGAUGACCUGCUGGCUUCAGCUUGGAUAGAUGCAGAAGUAACAGAGUUUCGAACCAAGAAAGCCCAGGACGCGCUUAUUCAUACUCUCUUCCAGACUUAUGCCAAACUCCGACAAGUGCCACGGUUGUUUGAAGAGGUUUUGGGGGUGAUCUGUCGUCCAGCUGCUGAGGCACUGAGGCAGCCUAUGCUGGCCUCAGGCCCGUCCACGGUGCUCUGUGCGUGCCUCCUGGAGCUGCCUCUGAGUCAGAUCCUGGACACGUGGUCCCUUGUGUUGGAGAAGUUCCAGUCUUUAGUCUUGCCCUAUUUGGAGAAUGAUGCUGACCUGGCCCUGAAGUCACUGUCACUGAGCUCGCUGCUGCAUUGCAUCAUGUUCAACAUGAGGAGCCUGGACAGCAGCACGCCCCUGCCCAUCGUCAGACGGACACAGUGCAUGAUGGAGAGGAUGCUGAGGGAGCUCGUGCAGCCCCUCCUGGCCCUUCUAGACCCCCCAGGCCCAGAGCUUGAGCUGUGGCUACAGAAGGUCAGUGACUCUGCACUCCUGCUCGCUUACACCUGGGCCCAGGUGGAUGCUAUGUUCAGUUUGAACUGUAGCCAAUAUCACUCUAUGUCUGGGGCCCUUACAGGUGUUGCCCUGGAGAUCUCGGACCACCCUUCAUUGCUCCCAGGUGUAGAAACACAGCAUUGGAAGAAGAUAGAGAAGUUUACAGCUCAGUUCAACUCUCUUGGUAGAUACUGCUUAGAACAGCUGUACUUGCAGAAAAUGAAAAGAACUUUAAUGCAAACUAGUUUCCGGUCUGAAGAAGCCCUCCGAAGUUUGAGGUGUGAUGCUGCCUUUAUUAUUGGUUCUGGCAGAAAAAACUUGAAUCAAAGAACGAUGGCUUCCUGGGACAGCCAAGUAGGGACGGUGAGUGCACUCACGUACCCUGUAGCACACUGGCACUUGAUUGUGUCAAAUCUCACCAUUUUAAUAUCCUAUCUGUGUCCAGAUGAUGUGAGAUACCUGGCCAGUGUCCUGCUGAGAACUUUACCAAUGGGCAGAGCCCAGGGUGGCUCAAUAGAUGAAGAGCCGUACAUCACACUGCAAAAAAUAUCUAGAGCCAUCCUUAACAGCCCUCUCUUUCCAGAGAUGCAGUCCCUUCAUUCUGCCUUCUUAAUGUGUUUAGCCACAAGAUGUUCCAGCAUUCUGUGUUCUGGUGCCCAGUGUGACUCAGGUCUUGUCAGUCAGCAGCUUCCCUGGCUUUUUGAAAAGGACCACAUGGUUGUGGCUCAUUGGGAAAACAGAUUUGCAAAAGUUGGACCCGAAGGUAUAGAACCUAGAGGAGAAAUUGCCCAGAACAUACUAUCCCUGGUCAAGAGUGACUUCCCCAUCCAGCUGGAGGGAGAACAGUUGGAAAGCAUCCUGGGGUUUUUGGAAGUAAUGUCUACUUUACAGCUGGACAGCCUCUUGCCGCCCUAUCAUGUGCAUUAUUUUCUUCUGUUACUGUCCAUGGCUGUCGCCAAACUAGGAUGCUCUUGCUCCUCCUCAUUGGCUCUCAAGUUCUUGACGACUUGCUACCAGCUUCUUGGUUACCUGCAAAGGGGGAAAAGUGUUCGGUCUGUGUUCAAGAUCAUGUAUAUUAGUGAUAUUUUUGAGAUUGUACUGACCUCAUUGUUCAGAGCUAGUAGUAGAUUCCCUAUUGAGAUGGAUGAUCCUGCUUGGCUGGAAUUCCUCCAAGUGAUAGGAACAUUCUUAGAGGAGCUAAUGCAGAUGCUCAUCCAAAUGAAGCUGAGCUUGGUGCUCAAUUUUAGAAAAAUCACCGCGUUCCUCUCUAGUUCCAAACCACACAUGGAGGCAGCUUCUGGCAAACAGUUGGAAAAUCAGAACCCUCAGGGCAGGCAGCUCCUUCUGGUGUCUUUAACCAGGUUGUGCCAUGUCCUGGGACCUUUCCUCAAAGAGCAGAAGCUGGGCCAGGAGGCCCCAGCAGCUCUGUCUGAGCUGCUGCAGCAGGCCAUGCUGCAGACAGGAGCUGUGCUGCAGCUCUGCUCAGUGCCAGGGGCCCAGGGCUGCUGCCUUCCCUCGGUCCUCAUCUCAUCUGUCAGCAUGCUCUUGGAAGCCGACCUGGGCCAGCACUGCAGGGAUGGAGAGGCCAACAUUUCCCAAGUAACCGACGGGACACUGCUCUCCCAUGCUGCCCUCUACCAGGGUGUUUACUCUCAGAUACUGUUGGAGUUGCCAGCUCUUGCAGGACAUGAUCAGUCUUUUCAGGCAGCCUUGCAGUUUUUGACUCUGUUCUUUUUGGCCCCAGAACUCCAUCCCAAAAAGGACUCCGUGUUUACCUCCAUGUUUCAUUCUGUGAGAAGAGUUCUUGCAGAUCCUGAAAUUCCUGUUCAGGUCACUCAGGAUAUUGAGCCUCAUUUGGGAGCCUUGUUCACCCAAAUGUUAGAGGUUGGGACAAUAGAGGACUUGAGGCUGGUGAUGCAGUGUGUUCUCCAGGGACUGGAUGUCAGUAACAUGUGGAAAGCAGAUGUGCAGGCUGUUGUGUCAGCUGUUACAUUGCUGAGGCUGCUACUGAACUGCCCAUUCAGUGGAGAGAAAGCAAGUCUGUUGUGGUGUGCAUGUCCCCAGAUAGUCACAGCUUUAACACUCCUAAACCGAGAAGCUUGUCAGGAGCAGCCUGUGUCCCUGAUGGUGGUCGAGCCUGUCCUAGACGUCCUGGCUGCACUGCUGCGGCAGGGGGAGGAGGCCAUUAGCAACCCCCACCACGUCAGCCUGGCCUUCAGCAUCCUGCUCACUGUCCCUUUGGACCAUCUGAAGCCUCUGGAGUAUGGAAGUGUCUUCCCGAGGCUGCACAACGUGCUCUUUUCAAUCCUGCAGUGUCACCCUAAGGUAAUGCUGAAAGCCAUCCCUUCUUUCUUGAACUCUUUCAAUAGAUUGGUGUUUUCAGUUAUGCGCGAAGGGCGGCAGAAAGACAAAGGAAGCACAGAUGACCUGCCCAUGGUCCUGAAGUGUGCACGCCUGGUUGAAAGGAUGUACAGCCACAUUGCCGCACAAGCUGAGGAGUUCACUGUGUUUUCCCCAUUUAUGGUGGCCCAGUACGUGUCGGAGGUACAGAAGGUGACCUUAUAUCCAGCGGUGAAAAGUCUGCUGCAGGAGGGCAUUUACCUUAUCCUGGACCUCUGCAUCGAGCCUGACGUCCAGUUCCUGCGGGCCUCGCUGCAGCCGGGAGUGAGAGACGUCUUUAAGGAACUCUAUAAUGACUAUCUCAAGUACCACAAGGCCAAACAUGAAGGAGAGAAAAGAUAUACCGCCUAAGGCCAUGGGACAGGAGUGCCGCCAGGGAUAUUGUUCCGAGUGAGGCUUUGUUUGGCCUUGUGGUCUGAAAGAGCUGGAGAAUGAAAGACUUAAGAUGUUCUAAUUUGUAAUAUUGGUAUGCAUGGAAAAUCCUUUGGGGUUUAUGUGGUAUAUUUUGAUGUAUUUUAUAUCAUGUUUUUCUUACUAUUUUUUAAUACAUAGUUUUAUACAGUAAGUAUUACAGUAGAAUCAUGAAAAUAGACCCUGGAAUGAGAUUAAUUCAAUAGAAAAAUAUCUUACUCUCAGGACCUUUCUGUGUUUGGUUCUAGUCUUGGCUCAGUAGUUUGGUGUUCCUAGUCCACACUAGGAACUAUGUAAAACUUGGCUUUUUACUUUGGGUACAUGGGUCUGUAAUUCAUCCCUGUUUAAAUAUCUUUGCCUUUCAAAUUCUUCAAGUCACAUGGGACGUAUUCUUGAAAUGCCACUUUUUCUGCCUUCCCUCUAAGUAUGCUUUCUGAAGAAGCUGGGGGGAGUUAAGAGUCUGUGGCCUGAGCUGUCUGUUCUGGGCAGGGAUAGCGGGCACCUCAGGCAGGUGGGCGAUCUUUAGCACGGGUGCCGGGGUCUUGCCUGUUCCUCCUGUGUUAGCCCUGGGAAGUUCAUUUAGGAAUUUUUUUUUUUUUUUCCUAUUCAGUUUAAGAAAUAAUCCUAAUGGUUUUUCCUUAUUACCUAAGCAGUAUAUUUUUACUAUAGCAACCUCAGAAAAGAAAAAUAAAGGCAUAAUUUAAAAAAUGCACUCAUAGUCUCAGUUUCCCAGACCACCUCUGUUGUCACCUUGGAGUGUCUUGUUUUAGUCCUUUUACUAUGUGUAUGUAUAUAGCUGUACAUAGAAAUAAAUAAAUUUUAGCUAAAUUGGUUCAUAAA